AUGGCGAUUUGGUCCUCCUUUCUGACAAUCCUAAGCCUCCAAUUGAUUGCUGAAGCGUCUAAUGCUUCUUCCAAUCUAUCUAGUCUCGUGGGCAAGGCCGAAAAUCCCCUUCGUGAGCGCAACGCUGGUCUUUAUGCCGCGGUAUUGGGUGGUAAUGGUAUGAUUUCCAAUGGCUGGCCCAGCAUUGACCAAUGGCUUGGGUCCUUUGAAUCUAUGUUCGAGAAUAAUCAAGGUGUGAUAUCCGUCAGCUGCUCCCAAUGGAGUCUCCCCAAUAACUCGCAAGACGAGACCGAUUCCAUCAAGGAUGCCAUUCACCAAGUGGCGAAGUCGAGCGGCGUCGACGCCCGCUUCAUUUUGUCAAUCGUCAUGCAAGAGAGUCAAGGGUGCGUUCGUGUUCAGACGACUGACAACGGUGUAAUCAAUCCGGGACUAAUGCAAAGCCACGAGGGCUCUGGUUCAUGA